AUGACGGACUCGAAGAGCCGUCUGAAGCAUUUAUUUGACACAAAAGUGUUGGCUGACUGCACAUUACUCGUGGGAAAAGAGAAACAACCAGUGACAGGACACAAGAUCAUAUUGUCGGCAGCAUCUUCGGUACUUCACCAAAAACUCGAAACUGAUGGAGCUGACCAACCUAAAGUAACCCUUCCUGAUGUUGAACCAGAAAUUUUUCAGUCCAUGCUAAAAUACAUUUAUUUGGAUUCAUUGGACGGAACCGGAAAUACAGUUUUUGGACUAGCUGCAGCCGCAAAGGCCUACCAAAUGCCGCAUUUGUUAAAGAAGUGCUGUGAGUAUAUCUCUCAAAACCUGACUGUUAAAAAUGUACUCCAAGCUUACAGUUUUGCUAAUGACUCCAAUGAUGCUGAAGAUCUAAAGAAAAAAUGUGAAACAAUGAUGAGGACUGAAACAAAAGCAGUGCUCGCUGAUAGCAGUUUUGAAGAAGCGUGUCUCGAUGUAGUGGUAGCAUUAUUCUCGCAGGAAGUCCUAGAAAUUGACAGCGAGUUGGAUCUUCUGGAAGCAGCUGAUCGAUACGCCAAGCAUAUCUCCAAAUGUGAUUAUGCCAACAAAGAUCUUUCUAUACGAAGCAUUUUGGAAAAAAUACGUUUCCUCUCCCUGACUCCGGAGGAGUUCGAAAAAGGUCGAGCUUCUACUACUAUCCUGGCAUCAUCUGAAGCGUGUGCGAUACUUGCUAACAUAGCUUCUGAUAAAACAACGGUGCCGUUUCCAGAAGGGUUUUCUUUGAGAAGGGAUCCAAGAACAACGUCGAAUGUAUCUAUCAUUAAACUUAUGCCAGAAGUGAAAUUUCAAUUCAAGGUAGAUGACUUUGAAAAUUUGGCAAAUAAAAUGGGAAAGGCAUGGUCUUCGAAAUGUAAGUUACAAAACUUGAAAUGGAAAAUUGGGAUCGAAUUUUUAGUCGAAGACUCUGUAAAAUACUUAGGAAUUUAUGCUUAUUCCAUUUGGGAAAGUGAGACUGAAAAAAAAUCAUUGAAGCCAGAAAUUGAAUUUACGCUUGUUAGUACCCAAAAUGAGAAACCAAUGUUCUCGAAGAAAUUUACACAGACGUACAGCAGUGAAUCACCUAACUGGGGAUAUAAAAAAUUCAUCGAAGUAUCUAAAUUACUAGACCCCACUGAACACUAUAUUGUAGAUGGUGGCAUUACUUUCCAAGUGUACAUUAAAGUUGAUGAAUAA